AUGGUCCCAUUCACAGCCGACACUGGUCUUAAAGUAGCUGUGGGGGUCUUCUUUAUAAGCGCUUUCCUGUUGGCAGCUACUUACGAUGCCACCUUCGCCUUCGACCGCCCUGUCAGCACUAUCGUCUUGACCUGUUUCCUUACGGGAACAGUGCUCCUGAUCAUUGUACGAUUCGUUUCUUCAGCGACUGCGAUAGCAAACCCUACAGCUAAACGAUCGAGAGCUCCUCUUGCCGACCAAUUUGAGCUCGCAUCACCAUCUUCGUCGCGCUCGUCUUCUCCGACGCAUUCCUCUUUUUCAUCGCCAAUUUUGGAUGAGCCCACCCCGCCGAUCUGGUCUGGAUACUGGUACAAGAUUGGUCUUCUCCUGAGUAUUUGCUUUGUUCGCCUUGAACUCUUUCGUCGAGUCAGCCUCAAUAAUGAAUGUGUGCCGGCUGGAUUUUCGUACAUCAUACCUCUUCUAGUUUCCAUAUAUGACUUCUGGUGUGACAAACGAUUGCAGGCGAAGCAAGAAUAUGUGUACUCUAAACGGUUCCAGAGUAAACCAAUUCAAGCGGCUUACGCAGCCUGCCGGCGAUGCCUGCAUUCUUUGACACAAAGCCGCGCCAGAGGAAUCAUUGCUGCUAGUUUGAUCAGCCUUGGAGGCUAUUCAGGAGCCUCAUUUCUGUAUGGGAGCCGGUCGACCUACAUCUGCCCGAUCGUUUCCAGAACCGCAUCUCAUAUCCGGAUAAUCAGAAUAGUCAGUGCUAUAAUCGAUUCGCUUAUUUUGAUGGGGGUCGCCAACCUAAGCGGAUAUGGCGCCGAAAAAGCCGAAUCAAGGAGGAAGCGGACGCUUGUAUCUUUGGGGGGAGGUCUACUCCUUUUCGCCCUGAUUUGGGGAAUAACCGGGCAUUUCAUCUAUAAGAAUCACCCCGAGCAUAUCCAGCCCUUCUUGGACGCAAGGUAUAUACGCGGUGCAUUUGGUCAAGCUAUGUUGGUUGUUCUUUUGAUUAUCUCGGCUUGGCAGAUGCUGCCAUCAUUUGGUAUUCUUGGGAUAUCGAUCCUGGGUGGCUUCAUAUUCCUAUAUUUUCCCGCCGCUGCUACGCUUUUAUUUCGACAAAUGCCCUUUCCCUUCAUCUCGUUGAGCCAUGCAGUUUUCCCCUUCAUCGCCUCCACGACAGGAGUGGUGCUUUUCGUCCUGUCGCGCAUGUUUUUGGACGAAGAAUCAAAAUCGCUCUACCGAAUGAAUGUUACUCUUCAGGUGAUAUUCAUUAUUUUGGGGCUUGCCGCUCUGAUCUUUGCAUCGAACAAACACCAAUUUUCUCACGCACAUCCAAUUGAUAUUCUCGUCCAGAAAGCAACAAUGGAGUUUGAUCGGUAUGCAGCGCAGGCGGGUGCCAGUACAUCUCUGAAAGCUGCCGCUGCGGAGUAUCGAAGUCGAUAUCACCAGCAUCCCCCACCUGGUUUUGACAAAUGGUAUGAGUACGCGAUCAACCGGUCCUCCGUGAUAAUUGACGAUUUUGACGACCUGCACAAAAAUCUAUUGCCGUUUCGAUCUGUCCCCCCUCAUGAAUUGCGCGUCAUGACACAAAAGUUAGCUACCAAUCCAUUCAACGAUCUUGGUGCUAUUAGUAUUCGUGAUGGCAGGCCAAGAGUUCAAGAGGGUAUUAAACCGACACAUGCGUGGAUGAUGAAAGCGGCAGCUGAAAUGAUCGAAAAGUUCUCUGAACACCUCCCAGACAUGGACCUGGUUUUUAACUUGAAUGAUGAGCCCAGAGUCGCUGUGCCAUGGGAGAAGAUCUGGCCCUAUAAGCGUACUGCAAAGAAAAUGGAAUAUCACUUCGACCCCCACUCGAAGAUUAUGAAUACCUGGUCUGCGAAUCGAGGCGAUGGGUGGGGUCCUAUCGAGCCAGCUGAUCAGACACAUGAAACUGUUUUCACGGACGGAUCAUCAAGAGCCAUUUUCGAUCCAUACAUUAGUACUAUUUGUCCUCCCUCAUCUCCGGCACGCACUCACCGUGUAUGGAAUCGCCACGACAUAUGCUUGAGCUGUACACAUCCCCAUUCGAUGGCCCAGUUCCCCAAGAGCUUUGAUCUUGCUUCUGACAUCUGUCACCAGCCUGAUCUGGCUUUUCUUCACGGGCUUCUGAUAUCUCCAGCGUCCUUUAAAGUCUCCCAGGAGCUAGUUCCGAUAUUCAGUCAGAGUGCGGUGAAGGGAUUUAGCGACAUUCUUUUCCCUAGCCCGUGGAACUAUAUCGAUAAAGUGAAAUACGACCCUAGCCCUGCACAUCCAGAUACAAGUUUUGACACGAAAGACAAUUCAAUCUACUGGGCUGGUAGUACUUCUGAAGGUUUCAGCCAUCACGGAGAAUGGAAGGGCAUGCCGCGCCAACGAUUCGUGCAUCUUGUCAACAACAACACCGACAAUCAAGUCUCUGUGCUUUUGCCACAUGGUCCGAAUUACAAAUAUGAGAUUAUGAACGGGAAUGAUCCUAUAGAAAAGCUAGGUCUCCGCGCAAAUGUGCAUCUCGUCGACCCGAUCACCCGCUGUGAUGACUGCGAUGAACAAAAACAGGAAAUGGGAACUGUUUCCUGGGUUGACUUUCAGGACCACUGGUCUUAUCGAUUUCUUUUCGACCUCGAUGGUGCAGGAUUCAGUGGUCGAUUCUUACCCUUCCUGCAGAGUCAUAGCUUGCCUUUCAAAACUGGUCUCUUCCGUCAAUGGUAUGACUCCCGUAUCAUAUCUUGGUUCCAUUUUGUACCAGUCGAUAUUCGCCUACACGGUUUCUGGAGCACACUAGCAUAUUUUGCCGGCGUUUCAGACUCAAAUGUCAACGAGGAUGAGCCUCAGCGGGAUCCUUCGAGAGGUGCAACACAGAUGGAUGCACAUCUUGAGCAAGGAUGGUGGAUUGGAGAGCAAGGUCGAAAGUGGACCGAGAUUGCCCUCCGAAAAGAAGAUAUGGAGAUUUACUUUUUCAGACUUCUACUCGAAUGGGCUCGUCUGACCGACGAUCAAAGAGAGUCAUUAGGAUUUAUGACAUGA